ACGCGCGCUAAGGCCCCGAGUCGCGUCGGCGGCGGGUCGCCUCACGCCAUGAAGGCCGCCGCCGCCGCCGCCGCCCGCCAGGCCGUGCUGGUCAAGAAGCGCCGAGGGCAGGAGCGCCCAGCCACGCGUGCGUGUGAGGGGAAGGAGGCGCUGCUUGAGGGCCCGAGGAGGAGGGCGGCGGUGGUCCCCGUUGAUGCGCCUGGUCCAGGGUCCCGCUGCCAGUUUGAGCCUCCUCAUGAGGCUCGGCGCCUUCGCCCUGGCAAAAUGCGGGGCGGUUGGGGAGCGAGUUUUCUCCGCCGUCUUUCUGUCCUCUCUCUUCCUGCUGGGUUGUUGGUCAGUCAAGAGAGAUUCGGUGAAAUCAGAAUCGAUGGGUUUUGUCAGCAAGAGGUGGCUGCGACACGGCAUACAUGGGCAGUGCAGUGUUGAAAACAAAUUUUAAUUGAAGAAUUAUUAUUAUUAUGUAUUUUGUGUUUUUGUCUUGUAUUUUUAUCAUAGCUGUCAACUUUCAGAUUUGAAAAUAAGGGACCAGCAGCAUAGCUGUCAAUUUUCAGAUUUGAAAAUAAGGGAUCAGCAGCCUCACCUGUUAUUUAUUUAUUAUUAUGAAAUAAUUAUGAAAUAUUAAAUAACUUUGAUCAAGCUAGAAAAACAAAAUACAUAUAUACCUAGGUAUUACCGAAAUGUAUACCUACUGUUUCACUAAAGGACUUUCGACUUUGUGAGCUCAUUUACCAAAGACUCGCCACGCCAGCGGCGGCGCUUGUCAUUCACAAUGGUGGCGCUUGUCAGACUCAGCGAUGGUACUUGUCAUUUCUCAACGGUGCUGUGCACGCAAAAUUAAAUUUGGGGGCACUGGGCGGAUCGUUGCACCCUGGCGGCGCAUAUGCUAAAGACCAUAGCUGUCAACUUUCAGAUUUGAAAAUAAGGGAUCAGCAGCCUCGAAAAUAAGGGAUCAGCAGCCUCGCCUGUCCUGGGGACAGUCUACGGGAUAUCUAACAAUCUGGGAUAGCAGCAGGAAGCAGCAGGAAACAGCGCUGAAAUAAGGGAAUUUCCCGCAAAAAAAGGGAAGGUUGACAGCUAUGAUUUUAUGCUGUGAACUGCCCCAAGAUCUUUGGGUGAAGAGGCGGGAUGCAAAGCGAAUGAAUGAAUGGGGCUGCCCCUGAAGCUGGAGAUUUCAGCUUUGCUGUUUGAAUUUAAAAGCUGUAGUUAGCAGGAAAAUGACACUUAAGUAUCAUUUGGGUGCUGCCACUAACCCUGGUGGGGCCUUCCCUAUCCUCAGAGGAACUGUGGCUUAUAUUCUAAGCAUUUCAUUUUUUCCCCGCUUCCCCGCUAUCAGCAUUUUCAUUUAUGCGGCCUUAACUGUGAUAGGUUUAAGGUGGGAUGUCUGGGGAAAUCUUAAAUAGCUUAUUUCCCUAACAGUCUCCUAGCGUCUCAUAACAGAAUCCUAGAUAGGGUCCUUUUGCCACUUCUGUUUUCAGGUCAUAACUUCCUUCACAUAGCCAAUGGCCCUUGGGAAAUGUCCUCAAUGUUGUGGUUAUUAUUCCACUAUGAGGAAUCCAUAAGUUGACUAAGGCUGAAAUCUUAUAUUGCUGGGGUCACUGGUGUGACGCCUGUAGGCAUAGUGACACCAUUGGGGACUUACUUCCUUGAUAGCUGUGAAGCCUCUGAGCACCCACAAACCCCAUCAUGAGGAGGAGAGGGUAGCUAUCUUUGAACCCCCUGGUGGAAAAGUAGCAGGAAUGAUUGAGCUGGAGAAGGGCAAAUAAAAGCUACCAGAGAGGGUGGUGCCCACCACGCCCUCCCAAAAUACAAAAUGUACCCAAUGGCCCCAAUAUUUUGACAAAUCCUGUCCAUUGUCAUUUAUCUGGGAAUAAGUCCCCCUGAACUCUGAAGUGUUUGCAUCUCAGCAGACCUAUAAGGCUUUAAUCCUAUGAACGUUUACAUGGGAGCAUUUGCGCUGAAACCAGAGAAUGAACAUGUUUUUAGGGUUGCAGUGUGAAGAUGUCUCCAUCAUACAGCAUGCCCAGGGUUGCUCUCUCAACCUGGUAUGAAAGCAUGAUCAUUUUGCCCAGAAGGUGAAAGAAUCAUAAUAAUAAUAAUAAUAAUAAUAAUAAUAAUAAUAAUAAUAAUAAUUAUAAUUUAAUAAUAAUAAUAAUAAUAAUUUAAUAAUAAUAAUAAUAAUAAUAAUAAUAAUAAUAAUAAUAAUAAUUUAUUAUUAUUAUUAAUACCCCGCCCAUCUGGCUGGGCUUCCCUAGCCACUCUGGGCGGCUUCCAACAAAAUAUUAAAAUACCGUAAUGCAUUAAACAUUAAAAGCUUCCCUAAACAGGGUUGCCUUCAGAUGUCUUCUAAAAGUAAGUGGCAUUUGACAGAAAACCUUUUUUCAUAUCUAGCAAACAAAGAUGAUGUUGUGGAGGGAAUAUUUCUUCCGGUGGGAGUAGAUCUCCGCCAAAUAACUAUACUCCCCAAAAAAGAAUGGGAGAGGAUUCACGAUAGCCUCACCGCCCCAGCAAGAGAAGCAGCCCGGAUUCGUGCUGAAAGGAAGGAGCGGAAAGAUCUGCACUUAAAGUCUCAAGCACUUGUGAAAAACUGGCAUAACACUAUUGCGGUAAGUGACACACAUACAUUUCAAUGCCUGUGGAAUGUUUAUGACAGUCCUGGUUGUAUUUCUAUCCUUUUUUUUACUACUGGGUUGGUUAGUCAAAAGCGUUUCAGUAAAAUCAGAAUAUAUGUGUUUAUCAGCAAUAGAUUACUGCAACAUGAUAUACAUGGGGCUGCCUCUGAAGACGGUUCAGAAAUUUCAGCUGGUGCAGAAUUCAGCAGCCAGGUUGCUCACCGGGGGAAGAUGGCUUGAGCAUAUAACAACAAUCCUGGCCCGACUGUACUGGCUGCCAAUCAGUUUCCUGGCCCUAUUCAAAUUGCUGUAAAGCCUUAAAUGGUUUAGGACCACAAUGCCUCAAGGGGCACCUCUCUCCAUAUGAACCUACCUGGACCCUGAGAUCAUCUUCUGGUGCCCUUCUUCAUAUGCCUUCUCCAUGAGAGGUCUGCAGAGUGGCAACACAAGAAUGUUCCUUUUCUGCAGUGGUUCCCUUUUGGUGGAAUGCUCUCCCCAGGGUGGCUUGCCUUGCACCUUCAUUAUUUAUCUUUAGGUGCCAGCCAAAAAUGUUUCUUUAUAACCAGGCCUUUGACUGAUUAAAUAUUCUGUGGCCUUUUAAAUAUGUUAGUUGUGUGUGUGGGGGGGGGGGUUGUUGGUUUGAUUUUGUUUUUUAUUUAGGUAUCUUGUGUUCUCAUUUUGUAUUUUUAUGUUGUAAACCUCCCUGUGAUCUUCAGAUGAUUUAAUAAAUAAUAAUGAUGAUAAUGAUAAUUUUAUAGUGUGAGCUGGGAAGUCCUGGGUUCAGAACUUGCCUCAACCAUGAAUUUUUCAGGUCAACUCAUAUUGCAAUAGAUAAAAAAUAACACUGAUUUACUAUGCAGAGUGUUGAGCACUAUUUACAUGUAUAGGCCCCACUCCUCAACCAGGAAAGCUCCCAGAGGAGCUUACAAAUUGAGAAAAAUAACACAGCCCCUGCCCUCAGGUUUACAGACUAAAAAACUAAAUGACAAAAUAGGAAAAGGGAAUAUGGCAGGGAUCAAAGAAAAUACAGGCACCAUGAUCUUAAAGGUACAAGGUUUUAUAAAUCAACAGAUUGGAUGGAAACAGGCUGAUCAUUGUUUGUUUGUUUGUUGGUGGCUCUUGAGAAAUAGCCUGGCAACCCAACCUACCUGGAAGUGACUGCAAUGCAGCCAGAAGUUGUUGACCUUACUGGGUGGGGCCUUCAUCUCCUGGGGCCUAAAUGAAAUCUGCCAACACUUUGUGGCAUCCUAGCAGGUAGGUUCAUGGCUCAUAGACACCCAGUACCGUCAUCCUCAGAUCAGAUGGUCCUUCUCACAGGACAAGCCUCUGUGAAGGUGAGGGGAGGAGUCUGCCCAGCCGGCGAAAACAGCAGUGGCUGGUGAUGGCAGAUCCUUGCUCUCUGCUUCUCAUUCUGCUGAGUAUUAGUGUUAUUGAUGCUAGUUUAAACAACAACAUUCUGAUCCUCAACACUGACAUUGUAUCUGCAACAUUGGGUGCCUUGCAUGGUGUCAUAAUGUGCAGCAUGCGUGUGCCAGAGCAGUGGGUUAUAUGAAAAAAAAAAGUUUGUAGUUAGUAGUUUAUAAAUGAACAAAUGCCUGUUUACUACUCUAGACCAAAUGUCUUAGUUAAGUACUUUAUUACAAUGCAUCAUGCAAGGAAGUUGGGUUCAUAGGGUUAUGGGGAGGGGUAGUACCUCUGGUGGGGUAUGCGUCAUACUCCUUCUGGGGUAGUUUAUCCACCUUUGGUCCCCACCCUGCCCUCAGCUCUCACCUGUGACAGCAGCCACUCCUUGGAAGCGGCUUCAGCUGGCUGGAUAAACCAGGUGUGGGUAGCCGAUGGGUCUCAAACCCUAGUUUGCAAAGACAGGCUCUGGCGGAUUGAAUGGAUGAGACUAAUAGUGGGUCCAGUGGUCAAGAAGGCAGUUUCUAUAUGUGCUAUAGAGGGACGUGAGGACAGAUGGGGCUUGUUAACCUGGGAAGGUAGCCCAUCUAGGAGAAGGAAAAAACUGAUCCCAAACCUCUACUGCCUUGUGGGAUAUCUUCAGGAGAAGAAAAGGAUAAGAAGUAAACCCUGCAGUCCCUAAGAUGGUUGGCGCCUUGUAUGAUUCUUUUUGGCAACUCCUGCAGCCAAGCUGGUGCCAAACAUAUCACUCUGCUUUUCUUUCGACCAAAUCAGCUAGACUGAAAGGGGGAUGGGGUGGAUCUUGUCUGGGCAGCACAGGACCUCUAUACACACUGCCCAGGCUUGUGCCCCGAUGAGGUCACUUUGGUGCUGCUAACACAUCGGUUUGACUUUAUCCCCAGAGGUGUACUCCAUUUUUUCUUGAGACAGACAGAUUGCAACAAGAAUGAAUGAAUGAAUGAAUAAAAUAUUGCAUUGCAGGGUAUGGCACAAGCGAAACUGAAAGCCAAGAAAGAGCGUCAGGAGAGGGAUGAGGAAGAAAAAAGAAAGGUUGACCUAGAAGAAGCAAAGUAUGAAGCACAGAAGCGAAAAGAGGCGGUGGCAGAAUCCAAACUCUAUCAGUACUACCAGAAUGAGAGAGUGAAAGACUUCCAUGUAACAUUUAUUAUUAUUAUUUCACUUUAAUGUGGGGGAUAUGUUCAACAUAGAAGUUGUAUUAAAUGAGGGAAAUAGGCACAAUCAAAAUGGCUGUUAAUAAGCUUUGCUUGGGGUCAGAAGAAGCCGAGAGUAUCUGGGAAAACAUUGUCUAAUACAAUAAGCAAUGGGGGGGACUAGCAUUCCCAUCUGUAAAAAACUGCUAUCAGGUUAACAAAUUUGAAAAACUGGUUUCAUUGACACAGAUUAUUAAUAUUGGAAGAAGGUAAUAGCUCUGUGUGAGGCCAUGAGAACCAGCUUAUGCCUUUCUUUGCAAAGCAGGCUAGUCACAUCCCAAACUGUCCAGGAAUGGCUGCCACACCCCACCUUAUCUUAAUGUGUAUAGGCCCCAGACAGGAGCAGAUUCCGAGGCUAUUAAAGAAACACUGGUACAGGGACUCUGAGAUAGCAUCCUGUUUACUUGACCUUCCCCAGUUGAAAGAACCUUGCUUUCCUCCGUCAACUUGUUUGAUGAAGCAAGCAGAGCCAGCACCCAGCUCUCUGUCUCUACCCAGAGAUCAGAGCAACCUGCUUUCCCCUGUCGGCUCCAAUCCCUAUACCUUUGUGGCAUGAACCAAGUGACUUAGGCUCAUGGGUCCCCCCCAACCUUGUGAGUUGACAAACUUCUCUAAUUAUAUAACAUUUAAACUUAUAUCUCAAUAGUAAAAAGGUAAAGGGACCCCUGACCAUUAGGUCCAGUCAUGGAUGACUCUGGGGUUGCGGCGCUCAUUUUGCUUUACUGGUCAAGGGAGCCAGCGUACAGCUUCCGGGUCAUGUGGCCAGCAUGACUAAGCCACUUCUGGCGAACCAGAGCAGUGCAUGGAAACGCCAUUUACUUUCCCGCCGGAGCGGUACCUAUUUAUCUACUUGCACUUUGACGUGCUUUCAAACUGCUAGGUUGGCAGGAGCAGGGACCAAGCAAUGAGAGCUCACCCCGUCGCAGGGAUUCAAACCGCCGACCUUCUGAUCGGCAAGUCCUAGGCUCUGUGGUUUAGACCACAGCGCCACCCACGUCCCUAUAUCUCAAUAGUACUUUACACUAUUAAGAUUGAACCAUAUAUCUGGGACAACAAGCAAUAUAUGCUGGCUAUGUAAAGCAACAAAUGCAGAUAUUUAUCAUAUUUUUUGGACUUGUCCCAAAACGAAGAUUCUUUGGAUUGAAGUAUGUAAAAGAAACUGAUGUUAUAACAGGGUAUACAUUUCUAAUGAACCCACAUACCCAAUAUUGUUUGGGUAUGUGAAAUAUCAUGUUUUAACAGACAAUGGUCAUAAAGUUAUUGACUGUUGCUUCCUAAGUGGAAAGAAGAAAAAAUGCUUAUCAGCAGAGAACUGGGUAAUCAAAAUAUGGGAGGUUGUAAAUAUGAUACGAUCGACAAACAUGGUCAGAGUUAGAAAAGGAAGACAACCUCAUGAUCAUUUUAUAAAGUAAUUGAAUUUGUUUAUAAUAUAUUGGAAUAACAAAGCACAAGACAAUAUAAACCCACACGUUAUUAAGUGUAAUGUAACUUAACUUUCUGCGUUCUCUCUCUUAACACAUUAGAAAUUAUCAGCUACUGUUGUUAAGGGGAAACAUAAUUGUAUAAUACUUACAUCACUGGUGCAUCGUUUAUUGCUUUAAAAUAUUGUUUGUUGUUGUUUAAAUAAAACAAUAAAAAGAAUCCCUAUCAAAUGUUGCAAUUUUAUUUUGCAGAGAGCCCUCUUACUUACCGAAUGCUUAAAAGAAAGAGAUGCUCAGAUUGAAUUUAAAAAGGUAAAAGAAAACCUGUACCGCUGCAGAGAUGAAGAAGUAGAACGUGAACGUCAAAAAGCUGUACGAAAAGAGGAGGAAAAGAUUAGAGAGAACCGUAGGAAGAGAGUGCAACUCAGCAAGGAUCAACUGGAACAGUAAAUAUAAUUAGCAGAGCUCUUUUUUAAGCCCACAGAAUAAAAUAAAUGUGUCAUUUGUGGCAUAAGCACAUUGCCCCAUAAAGCAACAACAUAGAAACUGAUCUGUUUUAACAUUUGCUGGGGGAUGGGGCAGGAAAGCAAAACAUACCAUAUUGGAUCAUGUUCUGAAUUAGCAGCUGUAACUCCUUACUCCCUCUCGCUGCUGGAAGGAAGUUGUACUCCAAGUACCAUUCGCCCUGGGACUCCAGAAGUGAGGGGAAGGCCUCUGUUGCUAGUCAACAGAAUAAGGACCUUUGCAGGGAUGCUGCAUCUUUUCUCUUUUAGGAAGAAUACAAGUGGCGAGUUGAAGGCCAGUCUGGCCUCAACCAUUGGCCAGACAGUGAUGAUGAUGAUGAUUUAUUAAUUAUACCCCGCCCAUCCGGCUGGGUUUCCUCAGCCACUCUGGGUGACUCCCAAUAGAUUAAAAACAUAAUAAAACAUCAAAUAUUAAAAACCUCCCUAAACGGGGCUGCCUUCAGAUGUCUUCUAAAAGUCAGAUAGUUGUUUAUUUCCUUGACAUCUGGUGGGAGGGCGUUCCACAGGGCGGGUGCCACUACCAAGAAGGCCUUCUGACUGGUUCCUCCCCCCCCCCCUUAAAUGAAAGAACACUCAGCUCCAACUGCCAGUUGAUCUGAGAGUUCAGAAUUAAACGGCUAAGGACUGCAAUACCUCAAGGACCGCCUCUUUCCAUAAGAACCUACCGGACCCUGAGAUCAUCUUCUGAGGCCCUCCUUCGUGUGCCUCCUCGAGAGGUCUGGAGGGGGGCAACACAAGAACGGGCCUUCUCUGCAGUGGCUCCCUGUCUGUGGAAUGCUCUCCCCAGGGAAGUUCACCUGGCGCCUUCAUACCUUUAGGCAUCAGGCAAAAACGUUCCUUUUUAACCGGGCCUUUGCUUGAUCCAAUUUGCAUCCUAUGCCCUUUUAAAACGUUGUUGUUGUUGUUGUGGGAAGGGGGGCUAUUGGGUUGUUGUUUUUAUUUUUAUUAGGUGUUUUGUGGUUUUAUAUCUUGCUUUUAUUCUGUGAACCACCCUGAGACCCCCGGGUAUAGGGCGGUAUAUAAAUUCAGUAAAUAAUAAUUGAGAGGAAGGCUACCCUAGUCUCUGCUUAUCAGCCAGAGGAGCAAGGGCACCGGUAGGAUUUUUAAUUUUCCAAACUGUUUUAAUGUUUUAAAAAUCGUAUUGGAGAUAAUUUGGUUGAAAAGUGGGGGUACACCUUUCGAGAGAGAGAAAAAAGAAGUCCUGCGAAUAACCGCAAUCUACCUGUACCAGUCUUCUUGAGCAUCCAGAACUUCUGCCAAUUGUAGAGGAACUUUAGACAUGGCUCAUUGACCAAUCUUUUCUAUGUUUUAGGAUAAAAGAGCACGAACGUCUAGCAGAACUGAGCAGGCUGGAAGACAAAAGGGAAAGGGCAGAGAUUCAGGAGCAGGUCCUGCUAAAUCAACAGGAAGUGCUGCAGAAAGAGCAGGAGGAGCGUGAAGACAAAAUCAGGCGUAGAAAGGAGCAUCAGGUAUGAGAUGGGAGUUAGUAGCCAAAUGUAUGGAACUUAGGAUCUGAAAAAAUGCAUUUCAGUUUCCACUGGACUUUGACUAGGUGCUUAACUUGGACAAAUUACCAGUCAAAUUACUCACAGGCCUGCUUAUGACAAACGGAGGGAAAGUUGGUUUCUGCUGCUUAGGCCAAGAGCUUGUGUCAUUGCUUUUCAGAUAUUACUUUGUAGGGGAGCCUCUAGUUCAAAGGUCAGGAGAGAGAGGCUGCCUCCAUGCACAAUUUUGUUUGGAUAGGUGAUUCUUAAAGGUAAAGGUAAAGGUACCCCUGCCCGUACGGGCCAGUCUUGACAGACUCAAGGGUUGUGCGCUCAUCUCACUCUAGAGGCCGGGAGCCAGCGCUGUCCGCAGACACUUCCGGGUCACGUGGCCAGCGUGACGAAGCUGCUCUGGCGAACCGGCACCAGAGCAGCACACGGAAACGCCGUUUACCUUCCCGCUAUAAAGCGAUACCUAUUUAUCUACUUGCACUUAAGGGUGCUUUCGAACUGCUAGGUGGGCAGGAGCUGGGACCGAACGACGGGAGCUCACCCCGCCGCGGGGAUUCGAACCGCCGACCAUGUAAUCGGCAAGUCCUAGGCGCUGAGGUUUUACCCACAGCGCCACCUGCGUCCCUCAUUCUUGAUUCUUAGGGUGAUUCUUAGGGAUGUGCUAAUUCAGCAGCUGUGAGGCUCACACAGAUGAUGGUGCUCUCUACUAUUCCCAAUGGCAGAUUGGAUAUUGGCAAUACAGUCAUACCUUGGAAGUCGAACGGGAUCCAUUCUGGAAGUCCGUUCAACUUUCAAAACGUUCAGAAACCAAAGCACGGCUUCCGAUUGGCUGCUCCUGCAGCCAUUCGAAAGCUGCAGAAGCCCCGUUGGAUGUUCAGCUUCCAAAAAUAGUUCGCAAACCGGAACACUCACUUCUGGGUUUGCGGCAUUCGGGAGCCAAAAUGUUCAAGAACUAAACUGUUCAAAAACCAAAAUACGACUGUUUUAGUGAAGGUGGUACAGUCUAACUCUGCUAUAGUGUCAAACCAGCUGUUGACAAAGUUGCCUUCUGGGCAAAGUCUAAAGGGCAUUUCCCAUUCGUGUUUCAUCACCUGUUGAUAUCUUUGUGGAACCUGCAUAUGAAACAAUGCCAAUAGUCUCCAUACUUGACAGAAAUGACCACCGCUUCUUGCUCCUUUGAUGUCGAAAACAGGAACAAAUCCCUAUAAAUCUCCUUCCCCCAACUCUGUACUUUGCAUAAAUACAUAACGUUCUUCAUGAUCUUUUCUGUCAUCUUCCAUAGCUCGGGUCUAACUGGUGCAAACGCAGUGAAGCCUUAUGUAAAGAUUCUGCGCCACCCCUCUGGUGUAGUGGUUAAGAGCGGUAGACUCGUAAUCUGGUGAACUGGGUUCGAUUCCCUGCUCCUCCACCUGCAGCUGCUGGGUGACCUUGGGCUAGUCACACUUCUCUGAAGUCUCUCAGCCCCACUCACCUCACAGAGUGUUUGUUGUGGGGGAGGAAAGGAAAGGAGAUUGUUAGCCACUUUGAGACUCCUUUGGGUAGUGAUAAAGCGGGAUAUCAAAUCCAAACUCUUCUUCUUCUUCUUCCCUCUGCGAACACGCACUUGGAAAUAGUUAGGAUUGGGCAGAAGUGUCAUUCCAGCCCCAGUUUGCCCAGUGAAGGCACAGGUCAUUGGAGAGCUACUGCUGGUGGUGCUCCCACUGAUGGUAGCUGGCCAAGCCCUUGAUACAGGGUGUUUGGGGUCUUGUGUGAAGCAGGGCCGGUGAAGGAUCAGCAAAAAACAAAAAUCCACCUUCUACCCUGACCAGCAGGAGGCAGCAGGGCUUCCUCCAAUUUUCCUCCAGCCAGUUGACUCUAUAGUGUGCUCUGCUUGACACUUAUUUUGGUAAACAAAAUACGCAUUCUGAGUUUUUUUGUGUUUUGUUUUUUUAAAGGCACAUGUUGCUGACCAGGUGACUCUCAAGGCUAUCGAGAAGCAAAAAGAAGAGGAAGAGGAUGAUAAAGUCCGAGCACAUUAUAGAGCAAAGCAGGCUAUGGCUAAGCUGAGAAAAGCAAAAGAAGAUGAAAUGCACAGGUAGGCAGAAUGUGAGCGGGAAAUGGAAACACAUUACCCAGAUAAAACAAGGCGCAGUUUUCUAGCAUUACGGUAGAGACCCCAUCUCACACACUGAGAUAUUAUGAAAGGAAAGUAACAGUGCGGCUGUUCUUGCAUCCACGCCAGCAUUUCCGCUUGCCUGACAACAAUCCCCCCCGCCUCCCCAUCAUAUUCUUCUGGGGGUUCUUCUUGGUCCCAACAGAGCCAAUUUCAGGGGGGCGGGGGGGAGGAGUCCUGUUGCACUAAUGAAGAUUCUUAGUUGGCCUCUGCUAGUAGGACUUGUUUGUUGAAUCCUGCUCUGUGGGACCAAGGACUCUUGAUUCAGUUUUACUCUGCUGUGAACUCUUUUAUUUUAUUUUAUUUGACUGAUAACAUUUGCAUCCUGCCUUUCUUCCAUCGCGGAACCCAAGGCAGCAUAUAUAGAGUUGCCAAGCAAUCUCCCAACCUUAAGAUCACUGAUCUGAGACAAUGUUUUAAAACUGUUUUUUAGACUGUUGUGUCUGCUGCCCUGGAUGGAAGGGCAGGAUACAAAUCAAUCAAACAAACAAAUGUGCCCAUAGACCUGCCUAGGAACCAGUAUAAGAGAUGAAUAUCAUACAGAGGCACGGAUGAGGAAUAGGAUGCAGCCAGUGGACCAGAUAGUUACCUCGGUGAUGUACUGUGGGCCAUUCUGACAAGUGUCAAUCACCUGACAUCACAAGUGACUCCAAGCAAACUAGAAUUCCUUUGCAGGUGCCGCUUGAACUGCAACCGCAGAGAAAUAUUCUUCUGCCACCAGCUUCAAUUCAAGCCGGCCCGUCAAAGAGAUACUUGCACUUACAGCAAACUAUGUUUGGGGCUUACUGCAAGUGCAGAUUCCAUCUAGCUUGCGAAGCCCACUUCAGGCAAGCAGCAACUCCAUAGUACAUCUGACCCCAGUGGGCACUAGUCAGCUGAUUGAUGCUGACCGCAAGCUGACUUUGGGUAGGCACCAACAGGUCGGGAACACUGUAGUGCAGCUUUAUUUACAGGCAACUCCUGAUUUGCAUUCUGGGUCAUCACACACAAUGGCAGAGUGCACAUAAGCCCUCCUUCUUUUCCGGCCACAUCCGGGUCGCUGCGAUGUGCGUGUGCACAGUCGUGCGCCAAUUGGACACGUGUAAAUCAGCUGUUGCUUGUGUUAACUUUCCAUUCUGCCCUUCCCCUGAGGAUCACAGGGCAGUUUACGAGCGUUAGGUUUGCUGUCAUGACCAAUCAGCUGAAGAUCACUGACAGCAAGCCUCCCUCACCGAGGAACAACUGGGAGCGUUUUAAGGCUCCUGAUUGCUCCUUGGCAACCAGCUCGCCACCUGUCUGGCACCAGAUGUCACGUAUGGGUAGAGAUACGGAGCAUCAGUCCUUCCUCUGAAUAGCAUAGAGGAGUGUGGUUUUAUCCAAUUUGGUAGCUUAAUCAAGGCAUGCCCCAGGCCUCCCCUCACAGCACGCAGUUGAUGAAUCUUGGCACUUAUGGCUGAACCAUUGCAGGUUAAUGGAGGAGCACAGAGACAACAUUACUAGCCGCCUCCUGGCUCAUAUGAAAAAGGAGGCUGAUGAUGAAGAUGAGCGUAUUGCUAGGGACAUUGCAGAGACGGACGCGCAGCUGGAGAGAGAACGCAAAGAAAAAGAAGAAAAGAACAAUGCUGAACUGAAAUCCAUCACAGAGCACAGAAUGAAUGUGGUAAGAAAAAUAAAAUUAAGCAUGCUUUUCUGUUUCACCAUUUCUUAUUUAUCAGUUGGGAUGGAAUCCAGCAUUGGGUCAGCAGUCUGCUUGCACAACUGGAUUUCACUUUUACCUCUUCCCCCAUGCACCCCCAUAAUAGGUUUCAGAGGAUCCCCCAGCUAUGUAGAGCAGAUUUUGAGGGUAUGUGGGAGACCACAAGGGAGGGAGAGAAAGGUGAAGUUGCAUUGAGAGAGCAGAAGUUCAGUUUGCAAGUGGACAGUGUUGGAUGCAACCUUUCAUCUCAAAAAAUAGAUUUCUUUUACACAGGCACUGUGUUCCUGAGCAGCUUUCAUGAAAGCAAAUUCCAUUAAAAUAGUGGGAUUGGCUCACACAUAAAAGUAUUUAAAAAUUGGUUGCCCAGAAUAUCAAAAUUGCAUAUAUGUAACUCUUAAUGUUAGUAGCAGGUUAGAGAGUCAUCAGAUCUUAGGCUUCACUACCACAGGAUAAGAACUGGAUUGUGUUGUUAUAGAUUAAAAGGAAAGAAGAGAAAGAAAAACAGGACAGACUAGAGGCUCAAGAAAUACUUCGUGGACAAAUAGAAGCAGAUCGGAUUUUCCAAGAACUGGAGAAAGACAAGAAACAUAGAAAUCAUUGUGCAAACUUAAAAUUACAAGACUUCCAUGUCAUGCAGAUAGUAAGUAUGGGCAUUAAGUUUACAAAGUAAACUUCUUUAAAAAGGGCGAAAAUGGAAUAUGACUUGUACAUUUUCUGUCUAGUGCUUGAGAGGGCAGUCUUGAGUGAGAAAACUGCCCUCUGCACCUGCAAAUGGAUGAAGUCCCAGACACAGGCUUCCUCUGUCUCCAGAUGACAAAUGCCUUAGAGAAAGGAACCUUGCAUCCUGUCAGAGAUCAAAGAAAACCGGGAACAUCAUCACUGUAGUGUAGUAGACAGAGACUUGGAUUCUGAAUAUCAUGAGCAGAAAACUCACAGAAGUAUUCUUUCUUUCUUUCUUUCUUUCUUUCUUUUUUCAUCUCUGUCUCUUUCUGUCUCUCCCUCCUCUGCACACCAGUCCUCUCCAGAGGGUUAUAGGGGGUCCUGCACAGUGUAGGUUUCCGGGGCGUUGCCAGAGGAAGGGGGGGAUUUUCCAAAAUCAGAUGGGGGGGAUCUUCCAUGUUUUGGAAGUGUAGGUGGUAUUUUAAAUAUUUAAAUAGGCAAAAAUUGACAGGUUCCCUGCUCCCAAGCGGCAAACAACAGUGGCAAUGAAUGAAAGAGACCGCAUGAGCGCAGGGAGGGAAGAAAAUAGACUAAUGCCAUUACAGAUACUUAAAGCUUAGUUUCACUUGAUUAAACUGGGAUUCUCAGAAUGCUGAAGUUUACAUUCGGUAGUUAAUGCUGGACUUGUGUCCCACUCACAACGGGUAUUAACUUUAUAGAACAAGGAUUGCACCCACACGAUAUCAUUUAUCCUAGCUAGUGCUUCAGUCGCGCGCUAAUUAUUAUUAUUAUUAUUAUUAUUGAGGGAAUCAGGACAUCUGUAACUUUAUAGUUUCAGUUUUAAUAUAUUAUAAAAUUAUUGUUGGAUAUAUUUAAUAUUUCCUUCCUCCCUUCCAAUGCAGGUCGAAAAAAAGUUAAAAGAAGAUCGUGAGAAACAAGCGGAAACGGACUAUGUCAGACAAAAAGAACGCAUUUUAUUAUUCAAGGAGCAGGAAUUCCAGAAGUAUGCAAAGAAAAUCAUUGAUGAGCAAUCCAAGACAACUCGGAAUCUUUACCCUCUUUUGAAAGCACUCAAUGAAGGUGACUCAGGUAUAAACAGACCAGUUUUUAGAGAAAAUGAACAGCCAUGUGAAAAGCAGCCUACUAAGCUGCCGUUUAUAGGUGACACAGCUCAAGAAAUGAAAUGGUUAAAUGAAUAUGAAUAUGGUCACACUAAGGGUCGGCUAGGUUUUUCAUGGUAAGGAAAAGCCUUCCGAAUGCUACAGUGAAAGUCUAAUGCAUUUUUAAAUAACCCCAAAUUGUAGUAGAAAAUUAGCAAGUUUAAGAUACCUUAAUAAAGGUUGCAACCAUCCAAAUAUAUUUACGUAUAACUUUGAAAAUCCGUAGCUCUAAUGAUGUGUAGCAUUUAGAAGUUCCAAAAUAGCCAUUCACACCUUUCUGUUCAGUUUUAUUUCAGGAAUUUCUACUCCUUUAUUCCUUCAGUUUCUGCCACCUGUACGAACACCAAAAAUAACAUGCACUUCGCGAACAAACAAUUUGCUGUACCUCUUCCGUUUAAACUUUUUAGGCUAAAAGCAUUAACUAGCCACUUAGUUCUAAACAUAGGAUUCCUGAUCAGGUAUUUGCCUCUUGAUGGCCAAAAUCCCACCCAUGGCUAUUUUUCUUUCAAUAGCCAGCAUGCCACUCCCUGAUCCCGAUCAAGACUGUGGCAUUGUGGGGAGGUAUAUGCAAUUUAACCCUCGCUAUGCUCUCAGUCUGGAUGGGACUCCCCCUCUCCUGCUUUUUGCACUCGAAGCUAAUGGAUGUUCCCCUGGCACCCCCAUGCACAUAGGAGGCAGUGAUCUGGAUUGGGACCACGGUGCGAGAGGGGCAAAAAGAGUUAGAGCUCACCUACCCUCCAUUGCACUGGUUAUUUGUGAAAGAGAGAAACGUCAUGCAUUGGAGAGACUGUGGCACUCAAAGUAGGGAGCCAUAUACAAAGAAGUAACUGUAGUUGGGAACAGAGGUGCUUAUCCUUUCCCUCACCCCCUUGACUGGGAAACCUCAUCUGGGGCCAGAUGGAAUAUAAAUUAGUUAGGGCUGCAGAAUAAAUGCAACAGGAAGACAGCAUCUCUCCUGCUUCCUUCUGUUGUUCCCUUUCAACUGCCCCUCGCUGCUUUGCGUGUCACAUUGGGAAGUGCCAUCAACUUGGAAGAUUAAAAGGAAGAUGAGCAGUGGCUGGUUUGCUACACAAAGUAGGAAUAGUGCGACCCUUAGUAUGAGUAAGUCAUGGACCACGUACCUGUAGAUCUUCUGUCACCCCCUUCUUAAUCAAUCAUCAUCCAGCCUUUAAGCAAUAUUUUAAUCAACAGAUAACUAAGACCCCAGUAUAAGUGCCUCUUUGAUGAACAGUGAAAAGAAACAAUAGUUUAUCUUAAGUGUGAGAUGGCUUACAACGUAAUAAAGGAUAAUUUCCAGCAAUGCACUGUUUACUUGUAAUAAAAGCUUUGUUAUGACAUCAUUUUGCAGUUUUGGAGUUGACAUAUUGCCCAGGGAACAAUAUUGUUCAGUGUUGACUUUUAUAAAACAAAACUGUUUAUAGAAAUGCGUUGGAAACCUCUUUACCGAAAAACGAAUAGCAGUGGUGUUUUAAAUAAAAUAAAAACAAACUGCAGCAUUUAUUUA